GCAUCCUCCCACGCGGUUCGGGCCAGGCCUGUGCCGUGCCGGUGACUUGCAGCCCCCGGCUCCCGGCGCGGUCGCCUUCCCGGCUCGCGGCCUCUCCGGCCGUGGCACCGCCAUGGCGCUCAACAAUUUUCUCUUCGCGCAGUGCGUCUGCUACUUUUUGGCCUUUCUGUUCAGCUUCGUGGUGGUGGUGCCGCUGUCGGAGAAUGGCCAUGACUUUCGGGGCCGUUGCCUGCUAUUUACCGAGGGUAUGUGGUUGAGCGCCAACCUGACGAUGCAGGGGCGGGAGCGCUUCACCGUGCAGGAGUGGGGCCCGCCAGCCGCUUGCCGCUUCUGCCUGCUUGCCAGCCUCCUGUCGCUGCUGCUGGCCGCUGCGCACGCAUGGCGCACGCUCUUCUUCCUCUGCAAGGGACAUGAGGGGAAGUCCCAUGUGAUCUCUGGGGACAUCAGGUGGUUCCACCUGCUGACAGCUGGAUGUCAUUGGUGUACCUUCUUCUAUGCCUUCCUGAACCUCCUGUUCAGUGCCUUUGUGGUCUUCCUGGUCUUCAUUGCCAGCACCAUCGUCAGUGUGGGCUUCACCAUGUGGUGUGACACCAUCACGGAGAAGGGCACUGUGCCCCACAGCUGUAAGAAGUUCCAGGACAUGGACUUGGAGCUGAACGUGGACAACUCUGCCUUCUACGACCAGUUUGUUAUCGCCCAGUUUGGUCUGUGGGCCUCGUGGUUGGCUUGGCUGGCGAUCACCACCCUGGCGUUCCUGAAGGUUUACCACAACUACCGCCAGGAAGAUCUGCUGGACAGCCUGGUUCAUGAGAAGGAGCUCCUGCUGGCCAGGCCAGCCUCUCGUACCUCCUUCCAGGGGGAGAAGAGUGCUGUCAUCUAGGCUGUGCAAGGGUGGCCCCCUUUCCUGAGGCCUGCACUGAGGGGUGGCUGGGGCCCCACCCAGGUUAGCCAGUGCAGCUCCGCAUGUGUCUCUUGGCCCCACCCACCGUGAGCAGAGCACUUGUGUUCCCAUGGAGAGCCUGACAGUGAUGGCACAGAGACUCGGAGACUUCGGGUUAGGGUGCCUUCUGCUUCUUGUCCUGGCCUUGGUUAGUGUGAUCCCUACUCUGCCUCUGUGUGACCAUUGGCCCAUAUAUGUGCAUGUAUGAUAGCAUGUGUGUAGAUGGGAGUGUGACUGCAGAACAGAGCUGAUGGCGCUGGGUUAGCAGCCUCCUUGUACCACCACAGGCUCCAGCACACCCAAGUCCCUGCCCUUCCCAGAGGGGCCGUCUUUCCAUUCUAUAGCAUCUUCAGCGAAGGUCCCCAGAAGGCACUGCUCCCUGUCCCCCAUAGCAGCUGAUGCAGGAUUCUGAUACAAAUGUGGGGGUCUGGGCUGGGCUCUGUCCUCUGUUCUGUGAGAAUAUCUGGGGCUGCUUGCUGUGGUAGGAGAGUCCCACCCUCUACUCUUGAGGUUUUCUAGGUGGCUUGAUCCUCUGUGUUCCAGGAGCGGGGCCUCCAUAGCAGAAGAGGCCCCGCCAAUCUGGAUUUCAGGGAGUGCAUUCAUGACCCUAGUCUGAAGUUGUGCUCAGAGUUCUUCUUCCAUUUCCAGACAAGG